AUCUGUUUAGCGAUAAGUAUAAGUAGUAAUAGAACUUUAAAUCGAGUUGAAAGCCGGGAUAUUUUUGGGUUACUAAUUUGUGGUUGUUUGUUUAUCUAUGUUCAGAAAAACUCUAAUAUCUUGUUUAGAAAAUAGGCUAGGUUAAUGAUAAUUUGCAUGAAUGCUGCUCAAGAUAUUGUGUUCUUUUUAUCACCAAUAUGCUACCGUCAAUACAGCUUUGGGUUUCCUGGCCAUAUCUACAUCUGACCUCUAAAACACCAUAGGAUAAAAGAAACUUAUGCAAGUCAAGGGAUAAAGCCACCAUGUCAAAGGCCAGGCAUUUUCUGCUCCUGUUCUGGAAAAACUGGACUCUUGGUAGACGUGCACCUGUUAGAAGCUUUUUUGAGAUUUGUUUUCCUCUGUUUUAUAUUGUUCUACUGGUUCUUCUCAGAGCUUUUCUGAUAAAAGAUCACCAAAAAGAGCAAUCAAACUAUCCACAAUUUCAAGUGAAUAAAUUGCCUAAAGGACUAAUUGAAAAAUCAUGGAAUUUUGGAUAUUCACCAAACACCUCAGAUGUUCAGACAGUUAUGCAAAAUGUUGCUAAAAACUUGGGAUUCAAAAUGGAUAGUUAUUCAGGUUUUAAGACAGAAGAUGAAAUGGUUACAUUUCUGGUUAAUGCAGCAGCUAUGAAUUCUUUCCUUGGUGGUGUAUAUUUUGAGACCACUCCUAACAACUCCUUUGUCAACUACAAAAUCAGACUCAGCUCUAGAGCUCGGAAUUCAAAGAAAAGUAAAUUUAGAAAAUUUGGAGGUGACCCUACCACUGCCUGGAAUACACAGUUUACAUUUCCAGUCUUCCAGGUUCCUGGCCCAAGAAGUCCUAAUGCAACUCAUGGUGGACCACCUGAGUACUACGAUGAGGGAUUUCUGGCCAUCCAGCAUGCCAUUGACAAGUCCAUUCUAGAGUAUAAGGGUGUUGAUAUCUUUAAUAACUUAACAAUAGGCCUCAGGCGUUACCCCUACCCUGCCUACCUGGAUGACCCAUUUAUACUGGUCAUACAGCAGACGCUACCAUUGCUGUUGAUGUUGUCUUUGGUAGUUACUGCACUCUAUAUUGUCAAGGAUAUUGUCCAUGAAAAAGAGAGAAAAUUGAAGGAAUCCCUUAAGAUGAUGGGUCUAUCCGGAUGGCUUCACUGGCUGGCAUGGUUCACCAAGUACUUCAUUUUCAUUCUCUUCACCGUCAUCAUUGCCUCCAUUCUCUUCACAACAAAAUUCAACUCUAAUGGAAAAAUCCUCAACAAAAGUGACCCAAGCGUUAUAUUUGUUUUUCUUCUCCUCUUCGCUGUAUCGUCCAUCAUGUUUUGCUUCCUUGUCAGUGUUUUCUUCUCGAAGGCAAACAUCGCAGCAGCCGCUGGUGGCAUCAUCUGGUUCUGCUCGUACAUCCCAUACUUUUUCGUAUCUCAAAACUAUGAUAACAUGUCUAUAGGCCUUAAACUGCUCUCAUGUAUACUGUCUAACUGUGCGAUGGGCAUGGGGUCGUUACUGAUAGGUAAAUUUGAAGGGCGUGGCACAGGGGUACAAUGGAGUAACAUUAAUGAAGGGGUGUCUGUUGAUGACACUAUGACAUUAGGUCUAGUCAUGUGGAUGAUGGUCGGAGACUGUUUGUUGUAUGGUGUCAUUACCUGGUAUAUCGAGGCAGUGUUCCCAGGUGAAUAUGGUACACCACAAAGAUGGUACUUCCCUUGUUUGCCGAGCUACUGGUGUGGAAAAAAUAGACCGGAUGGAGAUAAUGAUUUUCACAAUGGGCACCUGCCUAAUGCCUCUACAGAGUUUCUUGAAAAGGAACCAAGCCGCCUUCAUGCUGGGGUUGUUAUCAACUCCUUAAAGAAAGUCUUCUCUGAAAAUGGAAAAAAAGUCGCAGUGGAUGGAGUGUCUUUGAAUAUGUACGAAGGUCAGAUAACAGCUCUCCUUGGGCAUAAUGGCGCGGGCAAGACGACACUUAUGUCGAUGCUGACCGGGCUUUUCCCACCAACCUCGGGGAAUGCUGUCGUCAAUGGAUGUAGUAUUACAGAUGACAUUUCUGGCGUGCGCAGUAGCCUUGGUCUCUGCCCCCAACAUGACGUGCUGUUUGACCGGCUCACCGUGGAAGAGCACCUGUGGAUGUUUGGUCUGCUGAAAGGCUGCACUUUGAAGGGUGUCAUGAGGGAGGUGGACUCCAUGAUUACCCGAGUGGGGCUAGUAGACAAGAGACACACCCAGACCCGCGCCUUGUCCGGAGGAAUGAAGAGGAAGUUGUCUGUUGGCAUCGCUCUGAUCGGAAACUCUAAGGUUGUGAUGCUAGACGAGCCCACCUCGGGUAUGGACCCAUCCGCUCGUCGCUUCACGUGGGAACUUCUUCAGCAGGAGCGCCAGCACCGUACCAUCCUUCUCACCACGCACUUCAUGGACGAGGCCGACCUCCUGGGUGAUCGCAUCGCCAUUAUGGCAGAAGGCCAUAUCAAGUGCUGUGGUAGCUCGCUCUUCUUGAAAAAUAAAUACGGAGUGGGUUAUCACAUGGCUGUGGUGAAGGGACCAUCAUGCAACGCUGGUAAAGUGACGGAGGUUGUACAGAAAUUUGUGCCUACUGCUCAAUUGGAAAGCAACGUAGGUGCCGAGCUCUCAUACAUUCUCCCAAGCGAGGCGACCGGUCGGUUUGAAGAGUUGUUUACAGAGCUCGAGACACGUGGUACAGAGCUCGGGAUCAUGAGUUUUGGAGCGUCUGUCACCACUAUGGAGGAAGUGUUCCUUAAAGUCGGGGAAGAAAUGGAUGACUCGAUUACCAAGAUACUACAGAAUCAGGACGGUGAUGAGCCAAGAGAACAGGAACCAGGUAGGGUUUCAGAUGAUGUCCUUGAACAUCAAAUCGACAUCAAAGACACCAAUAACCUUGGCAUCUUCAGCGGAGCAUCUGGUCUACACUCAACGUCCCGUCGCAAUGGCGGCCUCCAAUUGGCCAUCCAGCGAUGGUACGCCAUGUUUGUCAAGAAAUUUCUUCACUCCAGGCGCCACAAGCUGUCAAUCAUCUCACAGCUCUUGCUUCCAUUGGUGUUUACGCUGAUGGCGUUGAUAAAUGCCAAGACGUUUCCUCAACCAGAGGAUUCACCGGCGUUACAUCUUAACGUCAGCGACUUCGGCAAAAAUGUGGUCUUGUACAAGGGCCCGACUGACAAAUGGUCAAGCGCUAUGAUGUACGCAAGGUCAUACAAGGACCAGUUCAUUGGAAGUGAGGCCAAGACAGUCUUGGUUCGGGAUAACAUGAGUGACUUUAUCAUUGCUGAAGGAAAACGUAUUGGUCUGGGGACUUUCAACCUGCAUCACCUCGUGGCGGCCUCGUUCACCCAGGAGGAUGCAAGCUUAGUGAAUGUGACAGCAUGGUUUAACAACCAAGCCUUACAUUCCACCGCCGUCGCACUGGCUGCAGUACACAAUGGCCUUCUGCAAAACGCACUCGGGAGAAAUCACUCCAUCAGUACGACAAACCACCCACUGCCUCGCACAACCAAGGACACCAUCGACGAUCUUAGCAGGAAUGGCGUGGGGUUCCUGAUCUCAUUCAACAUGCUGUUUGGUAUGGCGUUCCUGGCAUCCAGCUUCGUGGUGUUCCUAGUCCAAGAGCGCACCAACAAAGCCAAACACGUCCAGUUCGUGAGUGGUGUCACGCCUAUUGGUUACUGGACAUCGGCGUACUUAUGGGACAUGAUCAACUUCCUCAUUCCUACUCUGUCCCUCAUAAUUCUUUUGGCAGCGUUCGAUGUCCCCGCCUACCAGGGACCUCGCCUGGGCUACACCUUCGUCCUAUUGAUGAUCUACGGCUGGGCCGUCAUUCCUCUUAUGUACAUCUUCUCCUUCGUGUUUCGUACCGCCGCCAACGCCUUCGUGAUUCUCACAGUAUUUAACAUCAUCACAGGCCUGGCGACCCUACUGACAGUGUUUAUCCUGAGUAUUCCUGGACUGGACUUGUUGGACGUGGCCGAUGCCCUCAAAUGGGCAUUCCUUGUGCUGCCUAAUUACUGCCUCGGGCAAGGGAUCGGAGACAUCUUCUCAAACUACGAUAGUCUUACGAUCUUUAAUGAAGCCGUGGAUGCGUGCGUCAAGGAGCUCGGCCCAACAUUCCGCAACAUAUGCAUCAAGACGAUAGAACAGCUAGCAGGCUCCAGGCUGCAAUUCCAAGACAAUUACCUGGCCUGGGAUAAUCCGGGUAUCGGCCGCUACCUGAUCUUCAUGUCGCUUGAGGGUCUUGUUUUCUUCCUGGUCGUCCUGGUCAUCGAGUACGGCGUGUUUCGUAGACUGCUGCUCGUCUGUCGCCGCGGGUGUGAGGCCAAGGAUCCGCAAAUCGAACUGAACUCCAGCACGUGCACGGUGGAGGACGAUGAUGUGUUCGAGGAGAAGAAGCGCGUUGCUGCUGGCAACACUAGAGGUGACGUGCUGAUCUUGGAUGAGCUCACCAAGGUCUUCCGUGAGAAAAUAGGAGGUGCCUCUCUUCUAGCUGUCGAUCAUCUAUCCCUGGGGGUACCCAUGGGGGAGUGUUUUGGUCUUCUUGGGAUUAAUGGUGCAGGGAAGACCACGACCUUUAGGAUGCUGACUGGUGACGAGACGAUGACCUCAGGGACGGCCACGGUGGAUAACUACGAUAUACGACGCAAUAUGAACCAGGUACGGCAGCGUAUCGGUUACUGUCCUCAGUUCGAUGCACUGAUUGACCAGAUGACAGGUCGCGAGGUGUUGUACAUGUAUGCGAGGCUAAGGGGGGUCCCGGAGCAGGAUAUCCCGGGUGCGAUAGAAGAGCUUGUUGUCUCGCUACUCUUGACUGGUCAGGUGGAUAAGCUCACCAAGAACCUCAGUGGCGGCAACAAGCGGAAGCUGAGCACCGCAAUAGCCCUGGUGGGGGACCCCCCUGUGGUAUUUUUGGACGAGCCCACAACGGGUAUGGACCCUGUUGCACGGAGACUAUUAUGGGAUGCGCUGUCACGUGUUCGCGCAGAGGGACGGUGCAUCAUAAUUACGUCACACAGCAUGGAGGAGUGCGAUGCCCUGUGUACACGUCUCGCCAUCAUGGUAAACGGCCGGUUCAAAUGUCUAGGCAGCCCGCAGCACCUCAAGACUAAGUUUGGCGAGGGCUUCACCCUAUUGGCUAAAGUAGGGGGCAUGCCUCCCGACACUGGACCGCUGAAAGAGUUCAUCGAGGGCUCAUUUCCCGGUAGCAUCUUGAAGGAUGAGCAUCUAGGGAUGGUGAAUUACCAUAUCACUGAUACUAGCGUCACGUGGGCACAGGUGUUCGGAACGAUCGAGAGGAACAAGCUGGAGUAUGACAUAGAGGACUAUUCCGUUAGCCAGACGACUUUGGAACAGGUUUUUUUGAACUUCGCUCGCGGCCAGAGGCAGGAAGAUGAGUAGAGUGUGCGGCAAUAGGGGAGGGGGUGGGAGUGGAGUGUUCUAGAGAGGUGCAGGCAUGGGAACUACUCCAUUACUCAGACUACCCUAGAGUAGGUCUGUUUUAACUUAGCUCGCAGCCAGAGGUAAAAUGAAGAGUAGAGAAGAUGAGUAGAGCGGCGGUGAUAAACUGAGGGUGUCUGUGUGUAUGUUUUUGUGUGUGUGUGUGUGGGGGGGGGGGGGGGGGGGGGAGGAGGGUUCAAUGCUACAGGUUUGGAAACUACCUCUUUGAUCAAACUUUAGGUUUUAAAGCCCCAUUGGCAACCAAAGCGAUUGUUGUUGUUUUAAAUUUGCGCCAUUGUCUUGCGAGCGAUUUGAAUGGAGGACUAUAAUACGCAUAAUUAUUCACUACCGACACUAGAGGUGGUGUUUUAUCAUGUUUUCGCCGGUGAAGAAAGCCACAGUUUUUAGGAAGACAAGAACAUAUAACGUAACAAAGAAACGACCAAGCAAUGCGUGCUUCAGGAUAAGGAUAAUUGACAAAUAAAGAUUGAUGUCAUCGGGAAA